CUGAAACUUUUGCCCUUUCCAGGGAAGGGGAACAAAGAAACUUUUUAGAGACGGAUCUAAAGCUCUCCUGACCUUCUAUAAGCUGUAAUCCGUGAUCAGUGCAGCUGCUCACGAGCUAGGCUAACUCGAGAGGCAUUAAUGCUGCUGGCAAGAUAUAGCGAAUAAGACCAUCAGCCCUCCAGACUUCUAACCUAUCCACAGCGAUUCUUACUCAUCACAGGGGCGCAGCCUGAGCUGGGAGCCUGGGUUCCACACUAAGAACAGGGGAGAAUCUCGCACUUUUGAAGCAUUCAAGGCAGAGGCCAGCGCUGGGGGAAGGGCCGAUCCUGCCUGUGACACAAGAGAUGGUCGCUGUGCAUGGAAGGAAACAGAGGUGUCAUUGCUGGAGAGAAGCAGGGAGCAGCCCCUAACCCCAGUCAGGUGCUGGUGAGCUUCGAGGAGGUGGCUGUGUAUUUCACCCAGGGGCAGGGGGCUCUGCUGGACCCCGCUCAGAGAGCCCUCUACAGGGACGUCAUGCAGGAGAACUAUGUGAUGGUGACCUCACGAGUUCCCCUUUUGCCUGGCACAGGGAAUGACUCGCGUCCAGAUUCUCUCUCUGUCCCAGAAGUUGGCAAGAUGGUGAGUGAGAACGGGGAGGAGAAGCCACGGCAGGAUGGCCUUGGGCAAGCAAAACCACACGGAGUGUUAUCGGCGACAUCAGAAAGGAACUUUCUCCAGAGUCACGCAAAGGGCUCCAGAAGUCAAUGCGGGUCAGAGAGGCAGCAGGGAAACCAACCAGGGGAGAACGUGGCUCAAUCCAUUCACCGUGCAGGAGGAUGCAGCGAUCUCAAGGAAACCGCAGCCCGGCCAAGAAUCCACGCCGGAGAGAGAGACAACACGUGCGCGGAGUGCGGGAAAAGCUUUCAUUGGCGCUCGUAUCUUAUUAGACAUCAGAGAACCCACACGGGGGAGAAAUCCUAUAAAUGCCUUGACUGCGGGAAAAGCUUCAGUCAGAGCUCGCUUCUCAUCAGACAUCAGCGAACCCACACGGGAGAAAGACCCUAUAAGUGCCUGGAAUGUGGGAAAAGUUUUAGUGACAACUCGCACCUCAUCGCCCAUCACAGAAUCCACACGGGCGAAAGGCCCUACAAAUGCCUUGAGUGCGGGAAAAGUUUCAUACAAAGCUCCGUUCUUGUUGCCCAUCAGAGAAUCCACACAGGAGAAAGACCCUAUAAAUGCCCCGACUGUGGGGAAAGGUUCAGUCGGACCUCAGAGCUUAUUGUGCAUCACAGAAUCCACACGGGCGAGGAACCCUACAAAUGCCUGGACUGUGGGAAGACUUUCAAUCGGAACUCCAACUUCGUGGUACAUCAGAGACUGCACACGGGGGAGAGGCCCUGUAAAUGCCGGCACUGUGGGAAAAGCUUCAGGCAGAGCUCCAACCUGAUUGCGCAUCAGAGAAUCCACACGGGAGAGAAACCCUACAACUGCCUAGAAUGUGGGAAAAGCUUCAUUCAGAGCUCACAGCUCAUUACCCAUCAGCGACUGCACAGGGGGGAGAAACCCUACAAAUGCUCGGACUGUGGGAAAGGUUUCAACCUGAGCUCCAGCCUCAUUAGACAUCAGGGAAUCCACACGGGAGAGAAGCCCUAUUACUGCCUUCACUGCGGGAAAAGCUUCAGCCAGAGCUCCCAACUCAUUGUGCACCAGAAAAUCCACAUGGGAGCCAAACCUUACACAUGCACAGAAUGUGGGAAGAGCUUCCUUAAGAACGCACACCUCGUUGCGCACUGGAGGAUCCACACGGGAGAAAAACCCUAUCAGUGCCUUGAAUGUGGGAAAAGCUUCAAUCAGCGCUCCCACCUUGUGGUGCAUCAGCGAAUCCACACCAAAGAGAGACCCUAUAAAUGCGGCGAAUGCGGGACAAGCUUUGGUCACAGCUCCCACCUUAUCGUGCAUCAGAGGAACCACAAGGGGGAGAGACCCUAUAAAUGCCUUGAGUGCGGAAAAAGCUUCACUCAGAGCUCGAGCCUGAAUGUGCAUCAGAGAACCCACUCCGGAGACGAACCCCAUAAAUGCCUUGACUGUGGGAAAAGCUUCGAUUACCAAUCGCACCUUAUGGUGCACCAGAAGAUCCACACGGGGGAGAAACCCCAUAAAUGCUUCGUCUGUGGCGCGAGCUUCGUUCACAAAUCAAACCUGAACGCGUACCAGAGAAUCCACAAGAGAGAGAGACCUUACGAAUGCCUCGACUGUGGGAGAACAUUCAAAUCCAGAUCAAACCUUAGCAGGCAUGAGAAACAACACACCGGAGAGAAAUCCUAUACGUGCGCUGAGUGUGGGGAGUGGUUUGUUGAGAACUCCAGCCUUAUUAAACAUCAGAGAACCCACACGGGGGAAAAACCCUAUAAAUGCUUUGAAUGUGGGAAAAGUUUCAACUGGAGCUCAAACCUGGUUGCACAUCAGAGAACGCACACCGGCGAGAGACCGUAUAAAUGCUUGGACUGCGGGAAAAGCUUCAAUCAGAGCUCAAACCUCUUUCAACAUCAGAGGAUCCACAUGGGAGACAAACUCUAUAAAUGCUCCGACUGUGGGAAAAGUUUCAUUCAGAGCUCCGUUCUUAUCACGCAUCGGCGGAUCCACACAGGAGAAAGGCCCUACCAGUGCCUCGAUUGUUGGAAGACGUUCAAUCAGAGUUCGGAACUGAUUUCACACCGGCGAAUCCACACGGGGGAGAGGCCGUAUGGCUGCCUUGUCUGUGGGAAAAAUUUCAUCUGGAGCUCAGUGCUUACUGCGUAUCAGAGGAUUCACACCGGAGAAAAACCUUAUGAGUGCACCAGCUGUGGGAAAAGUUUUAGCCGGAGCUCCACCCUUGCCAGACACCAGAGGCUGCACGCUGGACAGAAUCCCUUGAAUGUGGAAGAAGCAUCAGCUGGGCUCUGA